AUGUCGUUUCUUUUUGGCAGGGCUCGGACGAGGACAGUCGUGGACCUUCCGAAGCAGGCGCGGGAGCAUAUCAUGCGCUUUGACGUGCCAACUGCUGGCGCAAGGGGUGAGGAGCUUGCGAAGGUGCUCAGCCAGAUGAAGAUGAUAUUACAAGGAACACAAGAAGCUGAUAGCAGUCCCGAACAAAUCUAUCAGCUAGUGACCGGUUUGAUCGAAGAGGAUUUGCUGUUUCUGCUUGCCGUCAACCUCUGGAGAUUGCCAUUCGAGUCCCGAAAAGACACACAAGUCAUAUUUUCUUACGUCUUUCGAUUCCGCCCGACCACAGCAUCCCCCAAGAGUGACCCAAUUGCACUGUCCUACGUGGUGAACCAAAGACCGCAGGUCCUUCUCGAGCUAUGCAGAGGUUACGACCACAAGGAGAGUGCAACGCCGGCUGGCUCCGUGCUGCGAGAAGUUCUCAAGUCCGAAUCUGCCGCCGCCGCCAUUCUGUAUGAUGAUGGAGAUCAGCCAGGCUCCAGCUCCAAAGGCCUCAGUGUCAUUGACAGAGAUCGAAAACAGACCGGCACGGGCGUAUUUUGGAAGUUUUUUGAAUGGGUUGACAAGAGCUCAUUCGAGGUCUCGGCUGACGCAUUCACUACAUUUCGUGAGCUUCUAACUAGACAUAAGGAACUGGUCCCAAGAUACCUGUCCGUCAAUUUCGACCUGUUCUUUGACAAGUACAAUAGCAUCCUGGUGCAGUCAAACAGUUACGUCACGAAACGCCAGUCCAUCAAGCUACUUGGUGAGAUCCUACUGGAUCGGUCCAACUACAGCGUUAUGACAGCCUACGUCGACCGCGGCGAACAUCUCAAGAUCUGUAUGAACUUGCUCCGUGAUGAUCGGAAGAUGGUACAAUAUGAAGGCUUUCACGUCUUCAAAGUCUUCGUGGCCAACCCACACAAAUCGAUUGCGGUCCAGAAGAUCUUGCUUAUGAAUCGGGAAAAGCUACUGUCGUUUUUAUCCCAUUUCUUGGAGGACAGAACAGAUGAUGAGCAAUUUAUUGAUGAGCGAGAAUUCCUGAUCAAACAGAUCAGGAACAUGCCACCCAACCCCAUCCCUCCGCAGCGGCAUGGUGGUUAA